AUGUCGAAGGCUCUGCUACCACUCGCUCGCCGUAGCCUUGCUCGCAAUGCUGUUCGCAGAUCUGCAGUAAAUGCGCACGGAGGUCGAACCCUUAUGACACUCCCCGCAUUCUCGUUAGAAGGCAAGACCUGCGUUGUGACUGGAGCCGCUCGGGGACUUGAAGGAGGAAAGGCUUCCAUCGAGCACAUCACUGAGCACAUCUCAUCCCAACCCACAACUCGAGACUACAAACCCGAACUACGAGCCUAUGCCUGCGAUGUAACCUCCGAGCAACAGGUGCAAGAUACGUGGAAGGCAGUUGUACAAGACUUUGGUAGGGUAGAUGUUGUGGUCACAGCUGCCGGCAUCGUGGAGAACUUUGAGGCUGAGAACUAUGCCUACGAUCGUUGGAAGAAAAUGAUGGAUAUCAAUCUGAACGGGAGCUUUCUCUUUGCAAAAGAAGCUGGAAGGCACUGGAUAGAACAGAGUAUUAAGGGCAACCUGAUACUAGUCUCCAGCAUGAGCGCCAGCAUCUGUGUCCGGCCACAGAAGCAAGCGGCCUAUAAUGCCUCGAAAGGCGCUGUUUCAUUACUUGGAAGAAGUCUUGCAACAGAGUGGGGUCCAAAAGGCAUUCGAGUGAACAAUCUCUGCCCUGGAUACAUGAAGACUGAUUUGAUCAUCGAUCUUCUGGAGAAAGAAGGAAAGCAUAUCGAAGAAGGUUGGGUCAAAGACGUCCCCAUGGGUCGUCUUGCGCAUCCAAGCGAACUGCAAGGCACGAUCGUAUGGAUGGCAUCGGACGCAAGUUCUUAUCUCCACGGCAGCGAUAUUGUCGUGGACGGUGGGUAUUGUUGCUGGUAA